AGAACAGCUAGAAAUUGAAGGGGGCUGUUCCUCCAAGUCAUUCAAGCUGUACUCCCCCAAGGAGCCCCCAAACGGUAGCACUUUUCCCCCUUUCCACCCCGGCACUAUGCUGGACAGAGACGUGGGUCCCACCCCAAUGUAUCCUCCCACAUACCUGGAGCCAGGGAUAGGGAGGCACACACCGUAUGGCAACCAGACAGACUACAGAAUAUUUGAACUCAACAAACGGCUACAGAACUGGACAGAGGAGUGUGAUAACUUGUGGUGGGACGCAUUUACUACUGAGUUCUUUGAAGAUGACGCCAUGUUGACUAUAACUUUUUGUCUGGAGGAUGGACCCAAACGCUACACAAUUGGUCGGACGUUGAUUCCGAGGUACUUCAGAAGUAUAUUUGAGGGUGGUGCCACUGAGCUCUACUACGUGCUGAAACAUCCUAAGGAGUCCUUCCACAAUAACUUUGUCUCCCUCGACUGUGAUCAGUGCACCAUGGUCACCCAGAACGGGAAGCCCAUGUUCACACAGGUGUGUGUAGAAGGGCGUCUGUACCUGGAGUUCAUGUUUGACGACAUGAUGAGGAUAAAGACGUGGCACUUCAGCAUCAGACAACACCGUGAACUCAUCCCCCGCAGCAUACUGGCCAUGCAUGCCCAGGACCCACAGAUGCUGGACCAGCUGUCCAAAAACAUUACAAGAUGUGGCCUGUCCAACUCCACCCUCAACUACCUCCGACUGUGUGUGAUUCUGGAGCCCAUGCAGGAGCUGAUGUCCAGACACAAGACGUACAGCCUCAGCCCCAGAGACUGCCUCAAGACCUGCCUAUUCCAGAAAUGGCAGAGGAUGGUGGCGCCACCAGCUGAGCCGUCAAGACAAGCCCCAAACAAACGGCGGAAGCGUAAGAUGUCAGGAGGCAGCACCAUCAGUGGAGGAGGAGGAACUAAUAAUAACAACAACAACAAAAAGAAGAGUCCUGGCAGCGGCUUCCCUCUCUCCAGCCAAGUUCCAGAUGUGAUGGUAGUCGGUGAGCCCACACUGAUGGGGGGAGAGUUUGGAGAUGAAGAUGAGCGUCUGAUCACACGGCUGGAGAACACGCAGUUUGACGCCGCCAACGGCAUCGACGACGAGGACAGCUUCAACAACUCGCCUGCGCUGGGCUCCAACUCGCCCUGGAACAACAAGGCCCCUUCCAGCCAGGAGAGCAAGAGCGACAACCCCACCUCACAGGCAUCGCAGUAGAGCCCAGAGCCCUGCAAACCUCAACACAAACAUCCCCUCCUCUCUCUGUCACUUCUUACAGACCGCCCCCCCCCCAACCCAACAGCCAUGCUUGCAACAGCGACAACCCGCCGGCAAGCCCCAGACAUGACUGUCGAGCUCAGAUUCAUCAGAUUCAUGCUCAGUGUGUCUCAGACUUUGUCAUUGAGCUGGAAGAAUUUCACAAGGUUUCCUCUUUGCUGUGACUUCUUCAUAUGUGUCCCACCUGCCUCCCUUUUCCUCAUCUCACACUCAAAAUCUCCUGCUCUCGCUUGUUUUCGUUUUGGACACUGAUCCUGGAAGAUGUGAUUGAGAAGGCCUGGGAAUGUUACCCAAAGGAGAAGAACUGUGCUCACUUAACUAUCCACACUGAAGUCCAGGUGUAGGUCAGCAGAGGGCUUUAAGGGUGGAGGGCAUGUUGGCGACAUGGGCGUCCAGACGGUGGCGAGUUGCUUAGGGACCACUUGUCCACCAGUCCUCUAAAUACGGCUUUGAAUUCUGGUCUGCUCUGUUUGAAGGACAAGUCACCGGUAAUGUCUCUUUAUAGAGGAUGUGUGUGUGUGUGUGUGUGUGUGUGUGUGUGUGUGUGUGUGUGUGUGUGUGUGUGUGUGUGCGUGCGUGCGUGUGUGUGUGAGGAGAGAAAGAAGGCAGUCUGAGCUUAUUUGUGUGUCUUUGCUGAAGCUGGCAGACCAGAAUUUAGAGCCACUCUAUAAAACCAUUGAACUUCACACAUGAGUAGGAGAGCUGAAAUGUGGCACUAGGAAAACUUUACACACAGGCAAACACACAACACACACACACACACACACACACACACACACACACACACACACACACACACACACACACACACACACACACACACACACACACACACUCACACAACAUUGACACAUGUGAGUUUGAAGGAUUUGAGUCCCCUAGUGCCCGAGCUGUCUCUAAACAAACUACAGUGAGUCUUUCAAACAGAGCAUUUACAACACACACACACACACACACACACACACACACACACACACACACACACACAGUAACACAUUUUAAGAGUUUUUAUACAGUAUAUAUUUCCCUAGAAUGUUUUUUAAUUUGUAUUAAACGCCUUCAUUUCAAUUGUUACUUUUUUAUUUUCUACCAAUACUGAAAAGCUACAGACCAAGGAGCAAAACAGGACUUUUAUCCCUCCCCCCUCUAAAAUAUAUUGUUUUUAUCUUUUAUGUUGAUAAAAGAGAAAUAAUUUAGUGUGGAUGUUCUUAUUUUGUCUUUUUGUUCCUAUUUUUUUUUUUGGAGAUUUAAAUUUUUGUGUAUUUGUGCUUGUAUAUUUAAGGUAGUAGCAAAGUUCUGUCUGACUGUAAUAAAAUGUAUUCUUACUUAGAUUUACCUAAAGCCAUCCCGAUCUAAUGUAAAGAAACAAAAAUAGGAAAAAGGAGAAAAAACACUCAUGAACCUGUCCCCUCUAUCUCCCCCCUGCUCUUCCCUCUUUUUUAAAACUUGUGUAAAUUAAAUUACAAAACCCUCGAGGGUACAAUGACACCAUGAAGAGAUGAUUGAGUUGAUUUUUUUUGUAUUUAUUUUUGAAAUUUUAGAACUUAACUCGUUUAUUUCAUCCAUACAGGAAGUGAUUUUUUUCACUAACUUUCAUCACAAUUUAUGUACUGCAGCUCUAAACCUGAUGUCAAGAGAAUGUGCUCACUGAUUUUUAAGUUAACCGGUGAAUUUCAUGUUUCAUCACUGGCUGUGUUUCAGUGCUUUCAUGUAAGUCUCUCAAGACAAAUCGAGUGAUACCAUCAAUCAUCCAAACAUGUUCUAAAGCCAGCUCACCAUGAAGUUCACUCGGCAUAUUUGGUAGCAAUGCUGACUGUAAAGUGUGAGAGACACAGCUGGAGCUCUGUUGAUUUUGUACUAGUUCAUUUCUUUACAGUUGAUUCCAGCAACAGUUCUGAUUGUGUUUGAAUGGUGACUUGUACCUUCUCCAAUCCCUGUAGAAAAAUCAUCGUUUGAUAUAUAUUUUUUGAUUUGGUUAGUUUCUGCCCUUGAUAAUUAAUGUAUGGUACCAAUAAAAAGAUACAUUUUCACUUUAA